ACUUUUUAAGUAAGGAGAAGAUCGAUAAUGCAAAUUCAAAUGUUAUGAUUUUAUUUGAUCGCAUGAAAUAACAAAAGUCUGUUUUUUUCGAUACGUGCAAAUCCUUCAGUUGAAAGUCAUAUUCUUCACAUUUCGUUCAAUUUUACACGUCUUUGAGAAAUGGGGUCGCCAGAUUCCUCACCGUCGAGAGCUUUCAAAUUACCAGAUUGCUGGAAAGAUGAUGUUCGCAUGACUGCUCUUUUUGCCCUACCCAGAAAUGAGUCACUCAACCCACAUGAUUGGGCCGGAAAGUACAAGUUUUGGAAAGAGUUGAUCAUGGAAUGGGCUACUUUAAAUGAAAAGCUUACAUUUGAUGUUGAAGACUUGAAAAAAGUGUUUGGCAGAAAGGGAAAAUAUCCUGCCUCAUUAAACAGAGUUCUGGAUGAAAUGAAAAAAAAUGGUGAUAUUGUCAUCAAGGAUCAACAUUCUUAUCAGACAGAUCAGUAUUCAUCGUGGACAAAAUGGGGGAUGAGCCUCAUUACGUCAUCUGUUGCAUGGUCGUGGAACAAGGUUAUGAGUUCCCUUACCGAAACUGAGGAAACUAUCCCAAAAUAUGUGGUUCCUAGUGUUCUAAAGAACAAGUGUGAAAAUAUUCUCCAGCUACCUAUAGCUUCAUCAGAAGAAAUAGUGGAAGUUGAAGAACUUACAGAUUUACAUCCUGAAGUAUUUGGCAAUGAUGAAGAAACCCAGUUGAUCUUGAAUCAUCUCCAAAAUUUGGGUAAAGUAGCCAUCGAGGCCUCUUCGGACCAAAUCAUGAUAAAAUUUAUCGUUCCAACGAUAAAAACAAAGCAAUCGCAACUAAACAAUUCCGGCUGGAGCAUAUCUCCUGCUAAACAGAAGGAAAAAACUAUUGAGAUAAGUGAAGUUGAUCGCAGUCUUGCUACUCUUAAACGUACAGAAAAGUUGCUCAACGACGAAAUUGAAAGUAUGGAAACGGAAAUGAAGACACUAGAACAGACGGCGCGUGCACGGCUGAAAGAGGGUUCCCGUGGAGCUGCUAAAGCUGCACUGCAUCGCCGCAAACAAUUACAAGCUGUCUUUGAAAAACGCAGUCAAGCACUGUCAAAUAUCCAGACUAUGAAACUUCAACUAGGUCAAACAAAAACGGAUUCUAAGGUUAUGGAAGCCUACAAAAUUGGCCUUUCGGCGUUGAAGAACUCGUUUGGUGAUCCUUCAAUGAACGAAGAAAACAUUCAAGACACACUUUUCGAGCUGGAAACUGUCUUGGAACAACACCGGGACAUAGAAAAUAUCAUGUCUCAGAGUCUUGUCCAAGAAGAAAACGAAUCCGAUCUAGAAGAGGAACUUAAAAACAUUAUAGCUGAAGCUGAUGCCCAACCUGCUCUUGAAGAGGACCUCGCCCUACCGUCCGUUCCGUCUGAGAGCCCAACCAAAGAGGCAACUCCAGCUCAAGCUGUACGAUCCGUCCUCGCCCCGUCAUAAUUAAAAUUUGUGAAUUGAAACGGAUUGAUAUUUUUUUCUGUGGAAAGAGGAGAGGGGGAACGAGUUGAGGUUGUUCGUCUAACCUCUGGGUUGCAAAGAUGUGUGGAAAGGCAGUGAGUUAUGAAUAAACUUACUCGCGGUGUUUGCGAAGUUCCAAGUA